AUGGACAGCAAUGUGCGGUCAACACCUUCACCUGCCCAUGUGGUUGCCUCCCAGCCCAGAACAGUGUUGGUCAAGGGGGAGGCGGAGAUACCAGUGGUCAGGCCGGUCCCAGAGGUUGUGAAGGACCAGUCCGCUGUCCAGGAGGGAGCUCAGGUGCCACAGAAGAUCAGCAAAGUGACCAGGAGGGAUCAUGAAGGGAUUAGGUUAGUAAAGGUUGUGCGUGAAUCUUUUCACCAGGGAGAUUCUAGGUUUUUGUAUAGAGGAGUGCAGUGUAUGGCCGUUGCCUUAGUCAGCAUAGCUAGACACAUGGUGAAAAGCGUGUUCUCGUGGGAGAGACUCGAUCUGGAUCGCGUGUUGGUUGAAGGUGAUAAAUUGUAUUGCGAUUUGCGUAACAAAAACCUCUUCAGCCACAUGUCUAAUCUGUUGUCUGUUCCAGAUCUUCCCAAGGUUUUUCCAGUAGAAAGGCCAGAGUUUAGUGUAAGUUGUGGUGACACAUGGUCAGGUGAGGUAGGUGUUGCAUCAGGUGAAUGGAUUGACGUUGGGGUGUACGUUAGUAUGCAGAAUGGUUUGGAGAGAAUUUUUAGUCAGUACAGCACUUGUCUGCUGACACUUUGUGGUAAUACAUCUGCCAUCAUCUGUGAGGAUGGACAGUUCGCUGUGGUCGACAGUCACUCUCGCAGUAGCUGUGGCCUGGUACAUGGUGACGGUACCAGUGUAGUUCUACAUUUUUCGUGUCUGGAUGACCUGCAUCAGUAUAUUUGUUGUUUGGCAGACAGUCUCACUUCAGGUGAGAAGCCGUUUGAGCUGUCUGCCAUUAGUAUUAGUAGCAUUGUGGACCCAGCAGUGUCAGGUGUUUCUGUAGAGAGUUGCGUCGCUGAGAUGAGCUCGGCUACAGCACCAGGGUUUAGUGAGGUCUUUGUUUGUGCAGCCCCCUCUGUAUCUGAGAGUGGGGCUGGUGUAGAAGUGAGCCCAGCGGUGUCUGGCAUUUCUGUUCUCACCUUUUCCGCUGACGUUAGCAGUGGCUCAGAAACGGAAUUCACAGUUACUGAUAGUAGAAAGCGCAAAAUUGUUUCGCGCACUUGUGUGUCGAAGAAAUCAAAGUGUUUAGAUAGAACUGCAGUCAAGUCUGAUGUAGAGUUUGUCAAUGCAGUUAGGAAUGUAGAGCUGGUCUUCCGUCCCCUCGGUGUAGAUGUGUCAGUCUCUGUGUAGUCAGUUAAAUAUAGAUUUUAUGAAAGUCGGUGGUCUGGUGUGUAGAGAGGGCAGGUAUUUAGGUGUUCCCUGUAGAAAUGAGAAGAUAGUUCCAGAUGGGAACUGCUUCUUCAGAGCUGUGUC